AUGACUCUCUGGGACUCAACAAGUGAUGGGAUCUUCCAGUGCAAAGGGGAGUUCGACAGUGGAACUGUCAUUGUGCCGAUCAAAAUCCAUGUGGUCCAGAGACCCACAUUUGUGGCCAUGAUGGACUCUGAGAAGGAAGUGAUAGAGGGCUCAGCAGUAAGUUUUAACUGCCAGGCCCAGGGCAUCCCACCACCAACGGUCAGAUGGCUUUUCGGAAACCAGGACCUCAGUCUUCGUGGGGAUGGUCGUAUCAUGGUGAACAGUGGGCUACUGGUGAUAGAGAACACCCAACCUUCAGACGCUGGGGUCUACAGCUGUGAAGCCAGCACUGAAGACCGGAAGGAAGUGGCUUUUACAAAUGUCACUCUCAAUGUGAAAUUUACUCCCAGGAUAGAACUCCCAGCCGAUGAAAUGCUCGUCACUUCCCAGAUUGGGAAUCCCACCCGAUUCAACUUCACCGUCCUGGCCAACCCCAUCCCAUCCGUCUCCAUCUCUUGGAAGGGGAACAUUUUUGAAGGCGACGAUAUUGUGACAGUGGCACAGGACCAAAACAGAUAUUUGUACUCCUUUGAGGUGAGGCGCGGCCCAUAG